AUGGCUCCAGCAACGCAAUACGAGCUCUCACCGCCCCCCGGCGACGCGGUAUCGUCCAUCGCAUUCGCGCCCGACUCAGGAACGAAGCUUCUUGUCUCAUCCUGGGAUAACAAGGUGUACUACUAUGACAUUACAAACGGCCCAGAGGCUUCAAGCCUCGUCAACGCAUACGAGCACCGUGCUCCAGUUCUAGACGUCUGCUUUGGUGCUGACGACAAUGAGGCCUUCACCGCGGGCAUGGACUGGACGGUCAACCGCCUCAAUCUCGAGACCGGAGAAUUAACUCCCCUGAGCAAGCACACCGCCCCCGUUCGCCGCGUUGUAUACAGCAGAUCUCACGGUAUCCUCGUCUCUGCGUCUUGGGACAGCACUCUCAACCUGCACAACCUCAAUGACCCUUCCAGCACCCCCAUUACCAUUACCCUUCCGGGCAAACCCCAAGCCCUAGCUGGUAGCCCCAGCAAGGUUGUCGUUGCCAUGACGGGCCGCAUCAUCAACAUCUACGACAUCAAUUCCAUCGUCGAGCUCUUCCGUACCGGCAGCACCGAGCUUAAGCCCUGGCAACAGCGCGAGUCGUCUCUCAGAUACCUCACUCGUGCAGUGUCCUGCAUGCCCAACGAUGCCGGAUACGCCACCAGCAGCAUUGAGGGCCGUGUUGCGGUCGAGUGGUUCGAGGAUACCGCCGAGUCGCAGGCCAGGAAAUAUGCAUUCAAGUGCCACAGACAAGCAGCCCCCGACGGCGAUGGAGACAUCGUUUAUCCCGUCAACGCUCUUGCGUUCCACUCCGUCCACGGAACGUUUGCGUCGGGAGGCGGUGACGGCACAGUGGCUUUGUGGGAUGCAGAGGCCAAGAGGAGGUUAAAACAGUAUCAGAAGUUCCCCAAUAACGUUGCCGCCCUGGCGUUCUCGAAUGACGGAAAGUAUCUAGCUGUUGGAGUGUGCCCUGGAUUCGAGACUGGACAGAACGACUACAGCGGCGCUGGACAGACGUCAAUUUUCAUCCGAGAGCUGGGCGACAACGAGGCAAAGGGCAAAGGCGCUAAAUGA